GCACUUAUCAAAAUACCAUGAACUCGUUCUUUGCCGGUGCCAACCAACUGCAGCUGCUCACGCGCGGCGCGCAAUGUGCCAUCAGCGCCAUCGCCUUCUUCUGCGUCACGGGCGUCACAGGCCUCCACGCUGGCGACUUUGCCUUUGUCACGACCUUUACCUUGGCGGCGCACGCGGCCCUCUACUACCUCCUCGCUAUCCAUUUUAAGAAGCUCGAGCUCUCGGCGUUCACCGUGCUCGUGACCGACGGCGUCCUUGGCGCACUCGCGCUCGUCGCGGCGAUUGUGCUCGCCGCCAGCUCGAGUGCGUUCUUUUACUGCCACGCCAACAGCUGCGGUGCGCUCUACAUCGCCACGAUCGGCCUCUUUCUCGGCGCGCUCCUCCAGGGCUUCCUCACGUACCUCAGCUACGCGGCGCUCUACUUGACGCCCACGAACGCGGUCGAAGACCUCGAGAACCCGGUGCACGAGACGACCGAGUACGUCGCGCCCGUCGAGAUCAAGACGCCGACGGCGCAGUAACCGAGCAGUACUCAGUCGCUUUUAACCAUGUCAAUCAUAUUCCCGUG